AUGGCAUCGACGUCAUCGUCCUCGGAACUGCGCAAGGCGUUAUCGAAAUACGCAUUGCCUAGUGUCAAUGAAUUAAGUCACUUACGUGCUGCUGAUCCGACGACGUCCUACCGCUCGUCCUUUUUCCGUCUGCAGAUUGAUGAACUGUUGACUACCGUAGACCAUAAACCCAGUGCUAAAGCCUCGUUAGGUCUGCAAAAGCUCCUUUUCCAAGUAAAAGAAAUCUUGCAAAACCUAGAGGAUCAACAGGUUACACAAGAUGCAUUGGAAGCUCGUGGCCUUUUGGUGCGUAGCCAUGUCAAACGCAAAGAGAUUGUCCUACCAUUUCAACGUCCUAGUCGUCUGGAUGUUAUAGGCAGCUACAUCCUACAGACUAUGGCUUAUUGUCCUAAAGACAGGACCGACUAUGGAGUUCUAAGUAUUGAUCUAGCAGUUGAAAUGCCCGCAGCCUGUUUCCUACCAAAAGACUUUGGGAAUUAUCGAUACUUUGAUAAACGGAACUUAUACCUUGGUGUCCUAGUGUCCGAGUUGCAAUCUCAUCAAGAAUUAUUUCAGAAUGUCAUGCUACAGACGUGGCACGGUGAGUAUGAAAAACCUGUAGCCAUCUUAAAGAUCAAUUCUGCGUUUUUACGUGACAAUGGCUUGAAAGGAGCUAAAGUUUAUGUACGGGUCAUUCCAGUGAUCACGACAGACUUGUUCAAAUUGGCCAAGUUAACUCCAUCGAGGAAUAAUAUCAAGCAUGAACCUGAUAUGACGGAACAGGAGAUGAAAGAAUGCAGUACACCCAUGUACAAUAACUCGAUUCUGGAAGAUAUGAUGAUGCGACAACAUACAAGAGAGCUACAUACGGUGUUGAAGGAAGCUCCGACGUUUGCUGAAGCAUGCAUUUUGUCCAAGGUGUGGCUGAGACAGAGAGGAUUUCACAAAGCUGUGGACUCGAUCAACGACUUUUUAGUGUCAAUGCUGCUGCUAUAUCUGUAUCAGAUUAAGCGGAUCAAUGCUCAGACACCGUCGGAUCAAAUGUUCAAAGUGCUGGUGCAGUUUAUUGCUGUACACAAACUUGAGGAUGAUCCUUUGCAGUUUCCGCCAGUGGAAGGCGGCGUGGUGCUCACGACUGAAGGGAUGGAGAUAUUCCGCAAGUUGUACGAUCUGGUGUUUCUGGACUCGUCUGGUCGAUUGAACUUGCUCGGUCGUGUAACGCGGAGUGGAUGGAAGGAAAUCCAGAACGCUGCUGCAGAGUCAGUGAAGCUAGUGCAACACUGCACGAUGGAUGACUUUCGAUCGCUCUUUAUCAAGAAGAACGAGUUUUGGACGCGAUACGAUCAGUACUAUUGGUUCCCUGCACCUGCUCCCGUAGACAGCGCCGAUGAAGACACGUACACGGUGCAGGAGAAGCGCAUUAUCAAUGAUAUGGGUCUUGAACAAUUCUGGUUACGUAAGCUUGGAUCAGUGCUGUCGAAAGCGUUGACGGAUCGUGUGAGUCUUGUUCGCCCCAUUGCUGAGGAUAGUGUCGAGUGGGGCAUGCGAGAUGACGCACUUCCGACGCAGCGCAAAGUAGCACUUGGAUUGCGGAUAAACCCAGUCAACGCGUGGCGGAUCGUUGAUAAGGGUCCAUCAGUAGACGACAAGGUGGCCAGCUCUCAAUUCCGUCAGUUCUGGCGUGGCAAGUCGGAAUUGCGUCGGUUUAAAGAUGGUGCCAUCAUUGAAGCUGUGGUGUGGGAAGGCAUCAGCACUGAAAAUCGCCACCGUGUGCUGGAUGCCAUUGUGAAAUUCAUUGUACCUGUACACUUCCCCCAGCUCUCCUCUUCGCAGAUCAAAACUUCUAAUGCUGCGUUGUAUUCAGCACUUAACGUUGAGGAGCCGGCAGGAUUGAAAAUGGCGAAGGCAUCCAAUGCGUUGUUUGAAUCUACGAUGAACUCGGUGUCGAAGCUAUGGGUCAUUUUCAACAACCUUGUAAAGACACUGCGUGACUUGGACUCGCUGCCGUUGAAGGUUUCGGAUGUACUUCCGGUGCACCCUGCUUUCCGUUACACAAGUUUGUUCCCUGUUGAGCCACACCCGUUGGCGUACUCCAAGGGUGAGAAGGUAAAUGCUGCGCCGAUGGCUCAUGUGAACACUGUGCUGGAACCUUUGGUGGUGCACGUGAAGUUCGAGCGCUCAUUGGCUUGGCCGAACGAGAAGAAAGCCUUACUGCAUGCGAAGACUGGCUUUUACGUGCACAUUGGUCAUGAACUCCAGUCUCGCCUCAAUCUACGUUGCGAGGUAGCCAAAGACUGUGUGGAUGUUUUCAUCAGUGGCUACGUCUUUCGUCUGAUUAUUCGCAGCGAAAAGGAGUUGAGUGUCCUCACUGGUGCUGCCGGAGUGAAGAAGCUUGCUCUCGUACAUUCGCCUGAAUAUGUGACGGUGAAGCGUGAGACUGACUACCUGUCGAAGCACGCGAGUACAGUGCAUGCACUGCACACGAAGAACACAUCAUACGGCCCUACGGUUCGGCUUGUCCAGCGGUGGGUGGCCGACAAGGCAUUGAGCAACGUGCUGCCUAUUGAAGCAGUUGAACUCAUUGUCGCUGACGUGUUCCUGACUACUGUAUCCACGUGCACCCCUCAUUCGGUUCUUUCUGGCUUCGUCCGAUUCUUGAAACGAGUUGCAAGCUUUGACUGGCAAAACGUGCCAUUCAUUGUAGAUUUAAACAGCUCUUUAGACGAUGACAAGCGCCGUGAGAUUCUGAAAAGGUUUGAAGCGUCUACUUCGAGCCCAUCUGUUCAUCCCGCGAUGUUCAUUGCCGCUGAUUAUGAGGACAUGGACUGCUUGUCAAGUUGGACACGAUUUACUCCGGACAAGGUGGUGGUGCAACGAUUAGUUUGUCUAGCUCAGGCUUCGUAUGACGUCCUGGUAUCUUGGUUAGCUUCGGGUGCGUCGUCCUCUGGCUGGAAGACGGCCUUCUCCUCGUCAAGAAUGGAAUUCGAUGCCAUGCUCCAGCUUGCGACGGAAAAUCUCCCGACCAAAAGGAUUCGUGUCAAUGGGGACAAGAAGCAUCCUUUUGUGGCGCCUGUAUACAAGAACAUGGACCUCACCGCAGUUCCGGUCAUGAUUGGAUUUGAUCCAGUGCGUGAAUUGCUGGAGGACCUGCAACGGAUGUUUGGCCACCUCGCUUUCUUCUUCAUAAAUGGUGUGGAUACGAAAGAGAUCCUGGUGACAUGGAAACCACAGGCUUUCCUGCCUGCCAAGUUCCGCGCCAUUACUGCUAAGUACCAGAUCCCACUACCGAACGACGAUGCGGCUGAGGACGAGGAAUCAACCCGCUGCUUUGCCGUACCCAACAUUUUUGAGAUCCUGUCGGACAUGCAGAGCCUCAGCCAUGGCAUGGUCAUCGGUGUCGCACUACAGCCUUUCGAAAGCUCAUAG